AUGUUGCAAUCGUUUGGCUUGGGGAGCGAGUCCGCGAGAUGGUCUGCGAGCGAAACGAUCCGGCAGGAAGAGUCUGGUGAAGGGCGUCAAAUUAGUCUCCUCGCGACUUUGCUGCUCGCACCAGUGCUGGCUGGACUUUUAAGUGCACUGAUGCUACAGAUUGACAUAGAGUUCAUAAUAACUGAUGGAUCCGUCAAUACAGUACUGCGUCCGGUUAUCAACGUCUGCGCAUGUCAGAACCAAGGAAUUUGUACGUCCGUCGAGGAAGACAAUGGUGAUAGCGAUGAUGACAGCAGUGACGAAAGAUUCAAUAUCCUCUCUUGUGUCUGUCAGAAUGGCUAUACUGGAGAUCUCUGUGAAACAGAUCUUGACGCGUGUGAGGAGAAUUUCGAGCCGUGUUACCCAGGCGUGACUUGUAACGACUUGCCGCCACCCGCCAACGAGACGGGAUUUCAGUGUGAUCCCUGUCCAAGUGGUUAUUCUGGGGAUGGAAUACAAUGCCUAGACGAUGACGAGUGCGCUUUGAACACCGACGGAUGUGAUCAUAAUUGCAUCAACACUCCUGGAUCCUUCGUGUGCACCUGCAAUUCCGGAUUCUUCCUUGAUUUGGACCAAAAGACGUGUCAAGAUGUGGAUGAGUGCUCCCCUGUCGGUGAUUGUAUGCACAUUUGUGAGAAUACAGUUGGUAGUUAUACAUGCAAGUGUAAUUCAGACUUUAAAGUGGACGACACAGACCCCAAGAAAUGCGUCCCCGAGAAUCCUUGUCAGCAAGAUCAACAUGGAUGUGAUCACAUUUGUUAUCAGUCUGAUGGGGAAGACAAGUGUUCGUGUAGGGUAGGAUAUGAGCUGAAUGGUGAUGGAAAGACAUGCUCAGACAUAGAUGAAUGCACCACUAACCAACACCGUUGCGAUCAGAGUUGUAGUGAUACCGUGGGAAGUUACACGUGCUCAUGCGUGAAUGGUUUUACGCUGGACGCUGACGGCUUCACUUGCAACGAUGUUGACGAGUGUCUGGCGUGGACGUUCGACUGCGAGGAUGAGUCCCAGAUGUGUGAGAACACCUAUGGUUCUUACAAGUGUGUGUGCGCUGAAGGGUUGUACUGGAUUGACGGCAAGUGUAAAGGACUUGAGAAAGGUGAAGAACCGCCGCCGCCUCCUACCGCCCCACCACCUCGCACACCAUCGGAAGAGGAGAGAAGCCAGUCCGUGAACUUGGACGUCCAGGGACUCAACAUCUCAGAGUGGAACCAACCACUGGAAGAGACGUUCAAGACCACUUUAGCAGAGGUAGCUACCGCACACUGCGCGGAAAAUAAUUGUCAAUCGGAGGCAACAAGCUCUAGACGUAGAAGAGCGGCAAAUUAUGUGACAUUCACCGAAGAUCAAGUCCAUCUUCUGCCCGGUUAUCCAAAGCAAAUAUCUACAGUCCCUCUUCUGGCAAGUGUGGCAUUUUAUCUGCAGUUCCCACCCGGAUCAUCAAGCGCUGUCAUACAGAAAGACGUUCUGGCCUCCAUCGUUAAGGGUUCUUUGACAAAGAUUUCCAUCGCUAUUAAUGCCAACAUUACGAGUGUAGAAGUUCUAAUUGCUGACACGACGACAUCGGCAUCGACAGUGCACACAACUUAUCCCACAGAGAAGGAAGAAUCCAAGACGAUGUAUUACAUCAUUGGUGGUUGUGUCGCUGGCGCUGUGGUUCUUAUUAUUAUUGUCAUUGUGGCUGUCUGGUGUUGCAAAAGGAAAAAUGGGGUUGCAAAACAACGGGUUGACAGUGAAAUUUCAAUUGAAGACAAAGGCGGAAAGAUGGAAAUGGACGUGGUGAAUUACGGAUACCACACAGAGACUACCCAUCACAUAUAAACUGUAAAGUUAUCCACACUUCAGUUGUCGAGCAACGAUUAUCUGCAAAUCAGCUUUUGUUGACGCACACGCUUUAUUCCAAAUUUUAUAUAAUAUUGCAUUUAAAAAACAAACAAAAAAAAACACCGAAAAGACAGCACUCGAAAGUACUCGAACAAUUAUAAUCAAGCCGGUAUGACACAGUCUGUUGCUAAGCAACCUCGAGACAAAGACUGUAGGCCCAAUAUGGUCUCGAUUAGUCGUCAACCACCAAAUCAAGUUUAGUUUAAAAAGCAUAUAUCAGAUCUGCACCUUUGUACUGUAGGUUUGGCCAAGUCGUCUUGGUCCACGGUAGAACGCAUCACUAUGCUGACUUCUCGUUAUUGGUCUACAGGCAGUGGUGUAUUUCCACAUUCUUUCCACGUACUUGUGUGUUUUUUGUGCGUUUAUAACCAGAGUGAGUUACGUUAUGGAGAAAGCUUGUGAUUUCAAGUAACGGUUUUUUUAGUUAGAAUGGAGUUUCACUGGAGAAAAAAAGGGAGAAAGAAGCGGUUGUGUCUGUUGUUUCCAUGAACGUUCGAAACUUUUUUUUUAACUGUCAAUAUUGUUAGCUGUAAUCCGUCAAGUAUUUUUCUUCGCGCGCAAUUGGUCUAAACGCGUCACGUAACUGAAUAUGCCCCAGCUAAAACUGCGGAACAUCCGAGUGACAUUUC